AUGGCAGCUCUCAAAUUCGUCCGCUCUGUGUGGGAAUCUUUUCGCUGCAACUCUGGCCUUGAGCCCUUGUUGCUUGAUAAUUUGAGGAUAAGUGCAGCUCAACCCGGUAAAGUCAAGUUCGAACUUGAGAUCCAGAAACAGCAUUCCAACCGGCUUGGUACACUUCAUGGUGGUACGAUAGCAAGCCUAGUGGACUUGGGCGGCUCUCUUGCGCUUGCUUCAAACGGUCUUUAUGCUACAGGUGUCUCUACGGAUUUAAAUGUAACAUACCUAAAAGCAGGUAAAAUUGGGGACUUGCUUCGAGCAGAGGUCAUUUGUGAUAAGCUUGGGAAGAAUCUGGCAUUUACGACCUCUAGCUUCUUUUCGAGCAAGGGUGAGCUUAUUGCACGAGGUAGUCAUACCAAAUAUGUGGCUCUUGCUUGGAAAGACCCAAAUAACCAGAUCGAGCAAAUGGAGCCAGAAGGCAAGGCCAAGAGUGAAUGA